AUGAAAUUCUUAGUAUUUUUUAUUUUGUUGAUACUUACUCAAACUACUAUAUCAUUAUCACACCAAGAUGAAGAUGAAAGCUAUAGUAGUUAUAUAAGUGGGGCCUCAGAAGAGUCUAGUGUUGAUUCUUUAGGACGGGAUCUAUUUGAUUGGAGCAAAGAUUACCUUGACUCAACAACUUUACUGCCAUAUAUGAAAUGGUACUACCGUUAUAUUUUUGAAGAUAUUUAUCCUGAAGAAGAGAAGUCUUCCAAACUAGUAUUUAUAACAGGUGUUCUUAUUAAUAAAGUUACUUUUUCAAUUAUUUUACUAUUUUGGAUUUGUAUAUUAUUUAUUGCCUGCGGAACAGUUGCAGACACUUAUAUAUCAUCUCUAAUGAUAAAAUUGGCAGAAUGUAUGAGAUUAUCAGAUACAUUUGCAGGCUCUACACUAUUGGCAUUUAGCAAUUCUGCUAGUGAUGUAAUUUUGGGGAUACUUAGUGCAACAUUAAGUGAGAGAGAUACAAUAUAUGUAUUCUUGGGUGAUGUUGUAGGAGCAUGUUCAUUUAUAACUUUAGUAGUCUUUGGAUGUGUUAUGGUUUUUUCAAAGACAAAGAACGAGUCUAAUAUUAUAUAUAUACCUGUUUAUAGCCAUUUACGAGACUCUAUAGCACUAACUAUAGGCUUAAUUCAAUUACUCAUUAUUAAUCAUCUUGGAUAUAUUUCAUCAUAUUCUACUGUAAUACCAUUACUAGCAUAUGGAUUCUAUGUCUGUCUAAUACAAUGGACUGAGAGAUCCAAUCAUCCACAAGUUGGACAUUUGACUUCUAAGGACAAUUUUGUUGGUGGUAUAAUAAGUCAAUCAGGACUUUUAGAUACUCACCAUAAAAAUUUAUCAACAAACUCAGAAUCUUUGACACCAGAAUCUGGUUAUAUUCUUAAUAUACCAUCUUCGUCUCUCAAUGAUAUUCCACCAAUAAAACUAAGUUUGAUUGGAAAUGGUUUAUCAAACUCAGACAAUGGCUUAUUUGGUGAUGAUACAGCUUUCGAAGAUAGAGCCUGGGAAAGGAUAGGUUCAAAAUCUAGAAGCAUUAAAAGAACCCUAUUAUUACUAACACCGAGUCAUUCUCCAAACCCAAGUUUUGUAGAAUCACAUCUAUAUGAUGCCUCAUCAUGUUCAGAAACAGAAGAUUUAGUGACAAAUGAUAUUUCAAACACUGAUAGAUUAUUUGAUGAAUACUAUAAUCAAUCUACAAAUGAAAAUAAUAAAUUCCUAACAAGAUCAACUUCAAAACCAUUUGAAAAAGCAACAAAUAUCCUUGAACUCCCUAAUAAUCAAAAUGCUUCAAGAUCUAAGUCGCCCGUGCCUUCUCUAUGUAAAUCUUCCAUCUCAAUAGGAACUCAUUCAUCUUCCCUCACUGUUGGAAGAACUUCACAGUCCCAUCUUGUCAUUUUAGGAGAUGACUUUGCAAUGAGAGUUUCCCGCAAUAUUCCAAUGAGUGAAGUUGUCUAUCAAACUGGUUCUCUUCAUAACUCCCUCUUACCUCCUCCAGCUACAGAAGAGAAUAUUUUGAAGGUUCCAAGGAACAAAAAGAAUAUCUAUAGAAGUAAUGUAGCUGAGAUGCAAGAAAUAAGGAACUUCCUCAAAUAUCUUACCUGUGAUCUAAUAGUAAGCUUAAAUAUUGAUGCUUUUCUUUCAAGAUUAUUGGAAGCUGGUGACUUUCUUAGACGACUUUUGAUGACACCAAUUAUGUUUAUAUUAUAUUUAACAGUUCCAUCUCCAUCAGUAAGACGUUCAGUGCAGAUUAUGCAACCUAUUUUCAUUGUAUUGGCUAUAGGUUUGGAAAAGAGAUUUUAUUGGAUAGCUCCUUUUCACUAUCUGCUUAUACUACUUGGAGCCUCAAUAGUAUCACUGGUCUUAUUCACAAUCUAUAUCUAUGUUGAUCCUACCUCAACGAAUAUUGAUGAAUCUAGCGUAAAUUGUAGCAUUGCUUCAAACCAUUCAGGAUUUCACUUAUCAUCAUCAUCAAGAGAGUUUAUAUGCAAAGUUCUUAUGUACUUUGAUAUGUUUAUUGGAAUCGCAAUGGCUAUCUAUUGGAAUGGGGUAUUAGUCAAUGAACUUGUUGGAUGUAUCAAAGUCCUUGGUUUUACUCUUGGUAUUAAGCCUGCUAUAUUAGGUUUAACUAUUGUUGCAAUGGGGAAUUCUAUUGCAGACUUGUUUGCAAAUGUUGCCGUAGCUAGAGCUGGACAUGCACGUAUGGGGCUUGCUGGGUGCUACGGUGCUUGUGUUUUUCUUCUACUGUUUGGGAUUGGAAGUUCAGUAUUCUUGAGAGCUAUUAAACUUAAAUUUUCCCAAAAUAUACAUUUGUAUUUUGAGAAGCAAAUAAUUACUGCUACCUCUCAGCUGUUAUAUUUUCUACCAAUAUCAGCUCUAGUUGUAGUUCUCUCUAAAGGGAGAGUGCACAAGAUAUGGGGAGUAUUUUGCAUCAUCUACUUUGCAAUUGGUAUGGCAUUUAUUCUCCAAAGUAACUAUUAA